GUAACUUUAGUAGGUAAUUCACAAAUACUUGGAUGACCAUAAUAAUACUUAAGGAAUUAACUCUUUACACAUGCUAUGUAGCACCCAAAUACUUUCCAUGGAAUUAGGAUCUGCAAUCUUGGGGUUGACUUUUUCUCUCCCUUGUUUUCUCCUUCCCAUCUUAUGUUAAUCAUUCAGAGGGAAUGGUGAAUGAUGUCAAGAACAGUAGUGCAACUAACAAGAAAAAUCCAAAACUAACUUUAUUGCCUCUUAUUGCUUUGAUUUUCUAUGAAGUUUCAGGGGGGCCUUUUGGUGUAGAAGAUUCAGUUAAAGCAGGAGGUGGCCCUUUGUUAGCUUUGCUUGGUUUCGUGAUUUUGGCUUUAAUUUGGAGUAUACCUGAAGCACUAAUCACAGCUGAGUUAGCCACAAGUUUCCCUGAAAAUGGUGGCUAUGUCAUUUGGAUAUCUUCUGCUUUUGGCCCUUUCUGGGGCUUUCAAGAAGGCUUUUGGAAAUGGUUUAGUGGUGUCAUGGAUAAUGCUCUUUACCCUGUAUUGUUCCUCGAUUACUUGAAGCAUUCGUUGCCCGUUUUUAAUCACUUGGUUGCAAGAAUUCCAGCCCUGUUAGGAAUUACAGUCUCUUUGACGUACUUGAAUUAUAGAGGCCUCCAUAUUGUUGGUUCUUCAGCUGUUUUGCUUGCAAGUUUUUCCCUUUUUCCGUUUGUUGUAAUGGCGAUUCUCUCGAUUCCUAGGAUCAAACCACGACAGUGGAUUGUUGUCGAUUUCAAAAAGGUUGAAUGGAGAGGGUACUUUAAUACCAUGUUUUGGAAUCUUAAUUACUGGGAUAAGGUCAGUACUUUAGCAGGGGAGGUUGAAGACCCUAGUAGAACGUUUCGAAACGCGUUGCUCGCGGGUUUAGUUUUGGUGGUUUCCUCUUAUAUUAUUCCAUUACUGGCUGCAACAGGAGCUUUAAAGUCUGACCCUAGUGAGUGGAGUGACGGUUAUUUUGCAGAAGCUGGAAUGUUGAUUGGUGGCGUUUGGCUGAAAUGGUGGAUCCAGGCUGCAGCUGCAAUGUCUAAUAUGGGGCUGUUUGAAGCUGAGAUGAGUAGUGAUGCCUUCCAACUUCUUGGGAUGAGCGAAAUGGGAAUGCUUCCUUCUAUAUUUGCUUCGAGAUCAAAAUAUGGGACACCCACUAUCAGCAUCUUAUGCUCUGCAACGGGCGUGAUCGUUCUGUCAUGGAUGAGUUUUCAAGAAAUCUUGGAAUUUCUUAACUUCCUCUAUUCAGUAGGAAUGCUUCUCGAGUUUGCAGCCUUCAUAAAAUUAAGGAUAAUGAAGCCUGAUCUUCACAGACCUUAUAAGGUUCCCUUUCAAACAGUUGGAGCAACGGCGAUUUGCCUUCCACCUGCUUUGUUGCUUAUUUUUGUCAUGUAUUUGGCUUCGUUAAAGACGUAUAUCGUAAGUGGCUCAGUCAUUAUUCUGGGGUUAUUCUUGUAUCCUGCCAUACUUCAUGCAAAGGAGAAAAAAUGGUGCCAUUUUAUUAGUACAGAUGAACCAUUAGGACAUUCUAACGAUAUUCUUGAGGACCAAUCAGCAGCUACUGAACUUGAUCAGGUUGUUGAUGAUGAUGCAUCUCUUAGCCUACUCGGACACUCUACAAAAGUACAGGAUUCUGAAACCUUGUCACAAGAAAUGUUAACAUUGGAUUAGAAGAUACUUUCAUAUUUUUUGUACAUUUUAUACCAGAAGGAACGAGAGCCUUGGCGCAACAGCAAGAGUUGUCGUCGGGUGACUAGUAGGUCAGGGGAGAAAUACAAGGUAAGGCUGCAUAAAAUUCCUAGAUUAAAUAUGGGUCUGGCCCUUUUUCUGGAACCCGUGCGUACCUGGAGCUCAUUACCCCGGGCCCCCUUUUUGCGAUUUGUAUUAACAUAGUUCAAGCUAGAAAAUAUAUGCUAUAAAUGGAAUGAGACACUACGGGAGGAAUGCUGUUGUACCUGAUGUGAAACACUAUAUAACUUAUUAAUACCAACUCCUGUCAUCUUUCUUCUUCUUCCAA